GCGGUGCCCGAGCGUCACGUGGGCGGCGCGCAGGAGAUGGCGGCGCCCGGAGCGGCGGGCGGCCCCGGGGGCGGAGGUCGAGGCGCGGCGGAGCGGCCCGGCUGCGGGGCCCGCGGCCCGGCGGGGCCCUGCGCCGUCCCCCGCGGGUGGCAGCGGGUGAGCAGCCGCAGGCGCGCGGGCAGGACGGCCGGGAGGAUCGACGUGUACUUCAUAAGCCCUGAAGGGAAGAAGCUGAGGUCAAAACGAGCACUUGUGGAGUAUUUGCAGAAAACUGGGGAGACAACACUGAAAGCAGCAGAUUUUGAUUUUGCAGCUCCUGGAGGGAGCACACGCUCAGGAUUGAGGGGAUCUGGCACGGGAGCUGCGAGGACUGACCUGGAAAAGGAGGAUUGUCAGAGCAAAGUGCAGGAGCUCCAAGCACAGCAUGGUGCUGAGGCUGGAAUUCAGAACAUCCAGGCUGGCACUGGACACCUGCAAGAUGCUACAUCUGCUGUGGAAGGCACAGAUUUAGCAGUGGUAGGCACAAACCCAGAGGAGAGUUUGAAAACCAGAAGAAAGAGGGCAGAUGGAAGAAGUGUCCAAACUAGGAAACGUGAGAAGGGCUCAGAAAGGAGGAGCCACGGUGACCCCAAGAGCAAGAGGCAGAGAGGAGUCUCUAGCACACGGGAGACCAGGCGUGUUGAGAGCAAGCAGCCAGAGACACGUGGAGCUGACAGCCAGGGAGGGGGUGAAGCAGGCGCUGGCCCUGGGGGUGCAGGGACAGCCCCUGCAGCAGCGCCCAGGGCACGGCUGAGGAGAGCGGCUGCCCCGCAGAGGGAGCUGGGCCACCUGCCAAAGCAGGGGCCUUGCUCCAGGGACACGCCUGCUGCGAGCUCUGCGGAGAAACCCUCUGGACUGGGGACAGGGAAGGUGCCAGCUCCGGGGCAUGUGGGCAGGCAGGGAGCCCAGUGUGACAGCGAGCUGGAUGCUGAGCCCGGGGACAGGACGAGCUUCACAGCAGCCACAAUGUCACCAGAAGAGUCUGUCCCACGAACACAAGUGGAGAGAAGGAAAACAAGUCCCUAUUUUUCCAGUAAAUACAGCAAAGAAGCCCCCACCCCACCCAGAAGGAAGGUCCUCAGAAAAUGGACUCCUCCCCGUUCUCCUUUCAAUCUUAUCCAGGAAACACUCUUCCAUGAUCCGUGGAAGCUUCUCAUUGCCACCAUAUUUCUCAACAAAACUUCAGGGAAAAUGGCCAUUCCAGUGCUCUGGGAGUUCCUGAAGAAGUAUCCUUCUCCUGAGGUAGCCAGGGCUGCAGACUGGAAAGAAAUGUCAGAGCUGCUCAAACCUCUUGGCCUCUACGAGCUCAGAGCCAAAACCAUCAUCAGGUUCUCGGGUGAGUACCUGAGCAAGGCGUGGCGCUACCCCAUCGAGCUGCACGGCAUCGGCAAGUACGGCAACGACUCCUACAGGAUCUUCUGUGUCAACGAGUGGAAGGAGGUGCAGCCACAGGACCACAAGUUGAACGUGUACCACGCGUGGCUGUGGGAGAACCGGGAGAGGCUGAGCAUCGACUGAGCUGAGCUGAGCUGGGGCUGCCCCGGCCCCACCGCCCCUCGCGUCCCCUCACAGCUCUGGGUGUAAAUAUUUGUGUGGUGUCAUGGCUGGACUCAUUGCUAUUUUUUUAAUAAACGUGUCGCUGUUUGUA